AUGAUCGUGACAGUGGCAGUAGUGAGAAAGGAAGUCGUAGCGGGAGCAUUAGCGAGAAACGGACACAUCACUAUCAUGAUCGAUCCAGAUCAAGAAGUACGACCAGAAGCAGUGGACACGAUCGCGAUCGGGAACGUGAUCGAGAAAGAGAUCAUCACAGCGAUCGCGAUCGAGAUCAUGAGCACCAUAGUCGAAGUAGUCAUCGAGAGCGAUCAAGGAGUCGAAAUCACGAGCGCAGAUACGAUCGCAGAAGGUCUGAGUUGUUAG